AAUUUAGUAAUUUAAUGUACUCUUUCCAAACCGAAUAUAGGUCCGCGGUUCUCAACACAUGAUCUCCCUCGAGGCAGCUAAGAAACCCUAAAGCACUUUGGUCUUGGAGGCGCCUCCGCUGAUCAACUCUUUGCUUCCUAUACGCAACAAUGGUGCGAGUUAGUGUUUUGAAUGAUGCUCUUAAGAGCAUGUACAAUGCUGAGAAACGUGGGAAACGCCAGGUCAUGAUCAGGCCAUCCUCAAAAGUGAUAAUCAAAUUCCUCCUUGUUAUGCAGAAGCAUGGUUACAUUGGAGAGUUUGAGUAUGUUGACGACCACAGGUCUGGUAAAAUUGUUGUCGAACUUAAUGGAAGGCUAAACAAAUGUGGCGUUAUUAGUCCUCGUUUUGAUGUAGGCGUCAAAGAGAUUGAAGGCUGGACUGCAAGGUUGCUCCCCUCUAGACAGUUUGGUUAUAUUGUGUUGACAACUUCUGCUGGUAUCAUGGAUCAUGAAGAGGCUAGGAGAAAGAAUGUUGGUGGUAAAGUACUUGGUUUCUUUUACUAGGCUGAGUUUUUGCCCGAAAUGAUCAAAAUUUUCUGCUUGAGGAGUUGUUUGGUGUAUUUCGAACUUUUUUCUUUAAAAAUUAUAGGGUAGCUCUUAUGUUUCAUUUGAUUGACGGCUUUUCUUUUUGGCCCCUAUCGUAACUUUGAUUUUGUGUUGACCCCUAUCGUAAAACUACUGGUUUGCUUUA